AGGAAGACACGGAAGCAGCGGGGCAGCGCCGCGGGUUUUUCCCGGGGAUGAACCUGCGAAAGUGGAAGAGCUCUGGAGAACAUCUGCGCUGUGUGUCGAUGCACCUUACGAGAGAAUAAGACCAGCAAGCAAGGCAACUGCAAUGAAGCAUCAAGAAAGACAUGAGCAGCGCUAGUCACCGUGAGACUGAUAAUUCAUGUAAAAUGGCAGAAGCCAGAGUUUCUCAGGAUGAGUUCUUGUGUCCAGUGUGUCUGGAUCUCCUGAAGGAUCCAGUGGCCAUUCCCUGUGGACACAGUUACUGUAAGAGCUGUAUUACAGGCUGCUGGGAUCAGGAGGAUCAGAUGAGAGUCUGCAGCUGCCCUCAGUGCAGACAGACCUUCAGUCCAAGACCUGCUUUAGCUAGAAACACCAUGCUGGCUGAAGUGGUGGAGAAACUGAAGAAGACCAAACUCUCUGCUGACUGUGACGCUGGAGCUGGAGAUGUGCAGUGUGACGUCUGUACUGGAAGAAAAUACAAAGCCGUCAAGUCCUGUCUGGUGUGUCUGAACUCUUACUGUCAGAAUCACCUCGAACAACAUGAGAGUUUCUUUAAAGGAAAGAGACACAAUUUGGCUGAAGCCACUGGACGACUGCAGGAGAUGAUCUGCCAGAAACACGAGAAGCUCCUCGAGGUUUUCUGUCGCACUGAUCAGAAAUGUAUAUGUGUGUUGUGUACGAUGGAUGACCAUAAAAACCAUGACACUGUAUCAGCUGCAGACCAGAGGACAGAGAAACAGAAGCAGCUGAAGAAGAGGCAGAAGACGCUCCAGCAGAGAAUCCAGCAGAGAGAGAAAGAUCUUCAGCAGCUGAGAGAGGCUGUGGAGUCUCAUAAGCGCUCUGCACAGACAGCAGUGGAGGACAGUGAGAGGAUCUUUACUGAGCUCAUCCGCUCCAUUGAGAGAAGCCGCUCUGAGCUGAUACGGCUGAUCAGAGAUCAGGAAAAGCAAGCAGUGAGUCGAGCUGAAGGACGACUGGAGCGACUGGAGCAGGAGAUCAAUGAUCUGAGGAGGAGAGACGCUGAGCUGGAGCAGCUUUCACACACACAGGAUCACAUCCAGUUCCUGCAGAGUUUCCAGUCUCUCUCAGCACCUCCUGAAUCUACAGACGUAAAUGAUGGUCUCUUCAGUUCUCUCGCCUCUUUUGAUGCUCUGAGAGAAUCUGUCCAUCAGCUGAGAGUCAAACUGGAGGAUUUCUGCAAAAAGGAGCUCAAGAAGAUCUCAGACAGAGUCACAUUCACCAACAUUGUUCCCAGAACCAGGAACGACUUCCUACAAUAUUCCCAUCAGUUCACUCUGGAUCUGAACACAGUGAAUAAACGCCUCCUUCUGUCUGAGAGAAACAGAGUGAUUACUUACACUGGCAUAGAUCAGCCGUAUCCUGAUCAUCCAGACAGAUUUGAUAAUAACUGGCAGGUGUUGUGUAGAGAGAGUGUGUGUGGACGCUGUUACUGGGAGAUUGAGUGGAGUGGAGAUAAUGUGCGUAUAUCAGUGUCAUAUAAGAGCAUCAGCAGGAAGGGACGAGGUGUUGAGUGUGGGUUUGGAUCUAAUGAUCAGUCCUGGAGUUUGUACUACUUUCUCUCCAGUUACUCAUUCAGACACAAUAACAUACAGACUCGUCUCUCUGUGAAGUCCAUCAGUAGGAGAAUAGGAGUGUUUGUGGAUCACGGUGCAGGAACUCUGUCCUUCUACAGCGUCUCUGACACAAUGAGCCUCAUCCACACAGUCCAGACCACAUUCACUCAGCCGCUCUAUCCUGGGUUUUGGGUUGGUUCUAGGUUUGGGUUUGGUAUUUUUGAUUUUGGAUCAUCAGUGAAACUGUGUUGAUGAAUCAGAAUAGACUGACGAGAGAUUCUACCCAUAAUGCUUUGAGCUGCAUGAUGAAUCAGUAACAGUGAGAUGUUAUGGAGUCUCUUCUUUUCUCAUUAAGGGCUCGUUCACAUAUCUCGCUCAAGUUCAUUAUUUCAAAUGUUCUGGUUUCUUCAGGCGAUGAACAGAACAGCUGAUCAUUAUAGAUUAUGAUUAUUUUUCUUUCUUGUUUUCUCGUGAUCUCGACAUAAUGAAAGUAGUUUUUCUUACAAUGAUUGUUUGAUGUUUAUAACACAAUGCGUCGUGAGUCUGCUGUUGCUAUAGUAACGAACGCUACUGUGACGCAUCUGAUCGACAGAUAAACCGCGCUCUUAUACUGUAUGUUGUGAUAUUUCACACACUUUUGCUUCGUGGAGUAAGAAGCUCUACAAUAAACAAAUAUAUGCUAAUCGAUCAGUGCUGAUUUGUUUCCAGAGACAGGAUGCUAAACGUGUUGUUUGUGUAAUUAACAUGUUUAAAUGAUCAGAGCAGGGCAGGGGCUCAAACCAAAAAAGGGGGCACUAAGGCGGCGGGUGCUUGUUAAUACAAAUUAUCCAGUUGUUACAAAUAUACAAUUAAAAUAGAAGACGGCACACUCUGUACUAAUUUCAGAUAUUAUUGUAGAUGUUUUAAUAGAACAUCACAAUUACACAUAAAGACUAACUGAUUAUAACAGAAACAUUACAUAUUGAUAUUUACUUGUUCCUUUAACAGCAAAACCUUGUCCUGACCCUAACUUUAUCUUUUAUGAUUCGCAAUUAAGAUAAAUUAAUUAAAUGAUAAAUUAAGAUGAUGCCUCGUCUUCAAUGGAAGUAUAAGUAUUAGACGUGUAAUUUAAUAUUAUACAGCAUACAUCUAUAUUAUAUACUGAUAAACAACUCCUUUAUAUGAACUUUUUAAUGUAUAGACCUACUAUUAAUAUGGUUUUAAUAAAAUAUUAUAAAUAUGAUGUGUUAUAGAUUACUAGUAUCAACUAAGACAAGUGAUUAUAAUGAGAAAUAUACUUAAUUACAAGAAUUAAAGUGUGACAAACUGCUAAAUAUUCUGAUGAUUUAUCUGCUGACUUGCUGGAGUUUUGAAUCCAUGUUUGUGAUGUUUUACUGCCUUUAGCCCUUCACUCUCUCUCUCUCUCUCUCUCUCUCUCUCUCUGUCUGCCUUUUUUCUUUUCUUUUUUCUCUCUUUUUUUUUUGUGAAGACAUUCUGUUUUGUUUUCUUUUUUGUCUACACAGUGUGCAGCAAAUUGGUGUUAUUUUUAUUAGAUCUGGUCAGGUACAAUAAUUUGAUUAAAUAUUCUAAUUCUAAGAAGAUGAGUAUUUUUACAAGUUAACACUUUUAGAAGACCGAGAGCAAAUUACCGACAGAAAUCCAAAAACAAACUACCAAAUUACUAAUUUCCUUUACUACUUGUUCUUAUUCUAUUAUUUGAAUUCAAAAUUUUAAAAAGCUUAUAAAUAUAAAUUUUUGAAUUUGACAAAAGAUGACAUACUUGUAAUAAAAAAUAGAAAAAUGCCAUUACAGAGGUAAAAAAAAAAGCCCCUGUAAAUCACUUUAAGGGGUCAAAUAUCAGCUCCUAAUGGGAAUAUAGUUAUAUUGUGUGCGUUGAUGCCAUAUAAACCACACACACAUAUAAUAUAAAAGGCAACUGAAAGAUUGUACUUAAGUGUUACUUAAGUACUUAAAUGUUGUGUUAUGUUAGGUUUCUGUUAUGUUGGUUUUGUAGUAUUACCGUUGUGGUGAAGAGUAGAGCCUGUGGUUAGGUGGAGGAUGGACAGCAAAUCUUCAAGACUAUAUAUACUGCAUAUUUUUUGACUAUUUACAUGCAAGUGUUGUCGUGAGUCUUUUAGAUAACUACAUUAGCAUAUGCUCAGAUUUAUUCAGUAGAGAAUGUAGCGUUUGCAGUCCUGAUCUAUUCAAUAUAAUGAUAAAUGACAUCUUUUCACAUAAUAGGGAGAUUCUUAUGCAGACGAUGCAGCACUGUAUAAAAGGGGGCACAAUACUGAAAGUCUUGAAGGACUGCUGGGAACAUGAGAAUUGGCAAGCUUUGGAUGGAUGGCUAAUAAGGAGGCACAUAAUAUCAGAAACAUCCACUUUUCUGGCCCUAGACUUUACAGAAAUAUUACAAUUGAAAUACACAUUAGGGUUACAAUUUUAUUUAUUUUUUUAAUUAAAUGUUAUUUGAACAAUUACACCUUCCUGAGCCAUCAAUGUGGCAUUUAUUUAUUUAUUUAUUUUUAUUAAUUAUAUAGAAUUCCAAGUACCACAAAACUGCUCGUCCCCACAGCCAUGUACAGAGGGAAAGUGCUUUAUUUUGAGCUCAAAAAACAGGAUUUUCUACCAUUUAAAAUACAAAGGUCUAUUCAUAACCAUCAAAUAUAUGAUGUAAAUGGCAUAAAAAUGACACUUAACUUCCUCCCUAUUUUCUAAACAUCUAUGAAAAAAGGCCCAUGUUUAGUCCACUGUUUCUUUUCAGUUAUCAGAAAUGUAUCUCAUGAUUUCAUAUUAAGCUUUUAGUUGACGUCACUGGUGUGACCUACUUUAUUGUUAGGGAAAUGUAAAAAAAUGGUUUAAACUAAUUAAUUGAGUGAGUAUACCAUGAUUGACAAAAUGUGGUUUGACACCUUGCAGCAGACUUUUUGCAUUUUUCAUGAAAAUUGUCA